AAAGAGGGCGUCCACGCUCUUGAACUAAUCAGAAAGGCUGUGACGCAGAGAGGCGGCGUGUGAAAAUGGCGAACAUUCGGAGUGUCAAGGGUAUGGUGGGGCUGGUGACGGGAGGGGCGUCCGGGCUGGGGAGGGCCACGGUGGAGCGGCUGGUGAAGCUUGGUGGGAGUGCGGUAAUCCUGGACCUGCCGAGCUCAGAUGGGCUGAGCGUGGCACAGAGCCUGGGAGAGCGUUGCGCCUUUGCACCAGCGGAUGUCACCUCAGAGUCAGAUGUGCGCUCUGCAGUGGCUCUUGCCCAGGAGAAGUUUGGCCGUUUGGACCUUGCAGUGAACUGUGCUGGAAUUGCUGUGGCUGUCAAGACAUACAACUUCAAAAAGGACCUUCCCCACAGUUUGGAGGACUUUACUAGAGUCAUAACUGUUAACAUUGCAGGCACGUUCAAUGUGAUCCGUCUGGCGGCGGGGGAGAUGGGCAAGAACGAGCCAGACGCGGAUGGCCACAGAGGCUGCAUUGUGAACACUGCCAGCGUGGCAGCAUUCGAUGGACAGGUGGGCCAGGCCGCAUACUCCGCUUCCAAAGGAGGAAUUGUAGGAAUGACACUACCCAUUGCCCGUGACCUGGCCCCAAUGGGCAUACGUGUGGUCACCAUCGCACCUGGCCUGUUCUCCACCCCUCUGCUCGCGGGUCUGCCGGAGAAGGUGCGGACUUUCCUGGCUCGUCAGGUGCCCUUCCCCUCGCGCCUGGGGGACCCAGCAGAGUUUGCACACCUGGUGACAUCAGUGGCUGAGAACCCAAUGAUCAAUGGGGAGGUGAUCCGUCUGGAUGGGGCCAUCCGCAUGCAGCCCUGAGAGACCAUGCUCUGGCCUCCUGCAGCACUGUCCUGGGAGGAGGAGCAAAUCAGGACUUCAGUUUUGCCACAGAGCUGUUUGGUUGGAUGUAAUGUGUGUGUGUGUGUGUGUGUGUGUGUGUGUAUGUGCAGACUGACCAGGUGCGGUUUCCUGCAGAAACUGUUAUACUGUCAGUCCAGAUCUGAUCUGUUGAGCUUUGUAGAGAACCAUGCAGAAGCCCCCAGGUGCUGGAAACUUUGUCAUACUUCUGAAGUGCAUUUGAAGAAUAUAGUGUGUUAAUUUUUUGUCUUCAUUAGAGAAAUAUGUGAAAUCUGUUAAGAACAGAUACAACUGGGGAAGGGAGAGUUGUUAUAUCUCUAAACUGAGUGGCUGAAUAAGAUGGAGAGAUACUCCAUGACACUGUGGACUGUACUUAUUCUUACUGUUCUCUUUUCCUCUCUUCCCCCUGGCUGUUCCUGUCUUUUUUUUUUUUUUUUUUUACUACUUGGCUUUAACUACUGCAUUACAGGUCUGUACUGCCAUGCUGCAGAGGUGAAGUGGGUUGGUUAUCACACUGAAUUUCUGUCAGUGAAGAGACAUGGGUGUGUCUUGAAUAGAGUGCCCCAUUCAGCUGUGUCUGAAUGUUCACUGUGGGAUUUCCAUUCCUAAUUAAACUUACUGGUAACUUUGAGCUGUUACCUGCAGAUGACAGGCCUGCUUGUCCAAAUUCCUUACAGCAGGGCUUUAAAUGAGAUCUAUUUCUUUCUUUCCUUUGUUUAUUUGCUACAUCUCAGACAGUACAACCAGUGCCAGCUAUACUCUAGUGAGGUAAUGCACACAAACCCUGACCACUGGCUGGUGAUUAACUGCUCAGUAGCCAGAAAUGAGGUUUUUUCUUUGGCUUACCCCUUUGCUUCUUAAGCGAUGAGUGCUCCACCCUGUGAUGUGUGUGUUUAUGUCUAAGGUAAGGCCACUACUAUCAAAAGAUGUACAACUGGGUCAAGACAACUUAGUGCAGCCAGUCUCCCAUACAGAGGGAAGUCUUUUUCCUCUUCCAUGCUUCUGCUUUGCUCCUCUUUUUUCAUACAGGCUCACUCUCAGGUAUCAGUCAGUUCUCUGUCACCUCCCACCACCACCACCCAUUCCAUUGCUUUGAGUAGAGGGUGGUGUCCAUUACUGAAUAUGUUGACUGUAGUGCCUGUGGUCUCUGCUCUGUGGGUCUGGGCUCAUGGUGAGGUCAAGAACUCUGAGAAUCUGUUGGCCCCAGAGUUCAGACCCCUUUGUGUGUUAGUAGAACAUAUGACACAGUUCAAAUCUCCUGUGCAAUCCCUUGGUGAAUCUGCAUAACUGAUGCCAUAGCAUAAUGCAGCAGCUGUUGUAACAAGCUGUGAUUAUGAUUGUUUUAUUAGCAAUCCACCUACCUGUGGUCACAGGGUCAAUGAUUAAAUGAAUGAAAAUAAGAUUAUACAUGCAAUUGCUGGAAAGAAGAUUUUGAUCACUGUUAGACUGGGAAAAGGUCUGUAGUGUGUGUACUAACAUUACUGCAUUAUUCUCAAUCAGUUAAAUAAUCACUCAAGGUACCG